AUGUUUGGAACGAACACCGGAAUGAACACCGGACUAAACAUGAAUGUUUUUGGAAAUGGCAUGGGUGGUGGAAUGAGCAGUGGUUUAGGGACAUCGAGUGGGUUAGGAAAUGGGUAUCAACAGAACACAGCAAUAGGUGGGGGCUUACCACAACAAUCGAACUCUUUCUUUAGUAAUACCGGGACAAUGGGACAACCCAAUACCCUUGGAACUCCACAGAACACUUCAUUCUUUGGAAAUACAAACUCUGCGAUGGGGCAACCCAACUCGUUGUAUGGCGGACAGCAACCGCAAGCGACCAAUUCCUUAUUUGGAGGGAACACUAAUCCGAUGGGUCAAAACCCU